CUUCGGUUCAGCCUCGGCUAAGUGAAGAGCAUAGAAGAUGCAGAGUGUCGUGGCAUGCGUGCUUGUGCUUGUGGCAGGGGCGUCGGCUGUCAUGCCUGCAGGAGGUUCGCGGCCUCGCCCUGGGUUGACGCCUCGAUGUGCCCUCCCACCGACUCCCUGAUGGUGUGCCAGCUGAAGAAGGGCCAGUGCUCCCCCGUGGGCUCCGUGUUCUCCCCCAAGGGCGGCCCCGUCAAGGCCAUCACCGACUGCGCCAACACCACCGGCGUCGUCCUCUGCCCGCAGUUCUUCAUGAGUAUUGGUCUGGCGUUCGUGUCGGGCAGCCCUGAGAGCUUAGCCGACAAGACUUCAGCGGACCCUGCCACCGUCACCGCCAUCCGCCGCUGCGCCCUCAACGCCACGGGUCUGCUGAACGCCGAUAUGACGACCCUGAACCGCAUUGCCUCGUGCCCUGAACCCGUCGACUACAAGAUCACCGACUUCGUGACCUGCCUGAAGACGGCCUGCAUGAACAGCGUGUCCGUGUCCCCGUUCAUGCAGAUGGCCACCGCGUCCUUCCAGAGCAUGAUGACCGCUCCUCCUGCCGAUGCACCAACUGCAGUCUAAGGUUCCUGUUGUGCGAGACCUCUGCGACGCCCAAACGAUAGAUUGUCCAUGUGACGCGAAUACCUCGUUGUUUUGAAUACGUCUUCUCGUAUUUUGCAAUGAUUGUUAUGCCAUCUUGCGGUUGCUUUUAAAUUUUAAGAUAAUCGCAAGUGGAAAUGUAGAGAAUGUAGAAAA